AUUGUACAUUCUCAUCAUCAAUCCCAUCAAUUCGAUAUGUAGUUCUCCCCAUGCGAGGGGCAUCAUUCUAUUCGUUCAAUUCCUUACCUUUUCUAGGUGUUUAUGUUAUGUUAUGUCAUUCUUUUCAUUUAAAUUUAACAAGGCCCUGAGAACAAGAUACAUCGGAAUGGAUAAUACUCGAACAUCGUGACCCUCAUCUCAUUUAAACCUCAGAAUCUCUCAUGAACCCGGCUAGUAUCAAUCAUGUCAUCGAGAGCAUCUUCGCCCACGUCCGAGAUGCCGCCGCUGCAGCCUAGCCUUCCUCAGCGGAUGACCUCGUCUCUGGUCAUGGGAGUAACAGCAGGGCUAUCACGGCUCUUCAUAUACGGUCUCAAUUCAGUCGAAGUUACGGGGCUAGAGAGAUUUCUUGAUAUUCUAGACAAGCGCAAAGAUGUUGACAAGAGGCAGAGAGGUCUUAUUACGGUCUGCAACCAUGUGAGCGUUUUUGAUGAUCCCAUAAUGUGGGGAGUCCUGCCUUUUGCCUUCCACUUCAAUCCUUCCAACCACCGAUGGAGUUUGGGUGCUCAUGAUAUAUGUUUUAAGAACGCCUUUCUAAAUGCAUUUUUUUCUGCUGGCCAAGUGUUACCUACAUAUCGGCUUCAACACUCGCCCCAUGGUGGACUAUUUCAACCCACCGUGCCGCAGGCCAUCAAACUAUUAUCGUCCCGACCCUUCUUGCAACCGGGCACCUCAGGCAAAGCGCUAGAGGAUGAAACGAGCAUUUCGGGCCUACCCCCAAUCUACACACAGAACCGAUACAGCUGGGUUCACGUCUUCCCUGAAGCAUGUGUCCAUCAACACCCGAAGAUGUUCAUGCGAUACUUCAAGUGGGGGGUGUCGCGCAUGAUCCUAGAAAGCGAGCCCAUGCCCGACGUCCUACCCAUCUUCAUCGACGGCACGCAGCACAUGAUGUCUGAGAACAGGGAGUGGCCGCGCUUUCUUCCCCGCUUCGGCGUCAAGUUCAGAGUUGCAUUCGGCGAGCCCGUCGACACGCAGAAGAUCUUCGGAGAUGUACGUGCUCGAUGGCAGGAAUUGGUGCGGCGAGAGCAGUCAAAAUCUCAGGUGCCGCAGGCCCUAGGGGAACUUCCGGAUGAACUCAAAUACGGCGACGAGGCCGUGAAACUAAGGAUCGAAGUCGCUAGGAGAGUGCGGGACGAAGUCUUGAAGGUCCGCGCCAGUUUAAAUUAUCCGGAUGAGGAACCUCGCGAACUUGAGCUAGCCGAGACGUGGAGGGGGGAACCUGGGAAGGAUAGAUUCAAGAGUAAUGUCGAUGCCAGUCUAGUGAACAAGAGGCAGUGAUUACAUGACUAUAGGGUAUUAAAAUUUUGUUGAGUGAUACCUCGAGAAGACGUAUUAGGAUGACCUAGGGCGACUCGUAUGAUAGCGAUCUUCAAGAUAUGUGCGCAUCCAGUAGGAUUGCUUUGGGUUAGGGAAUAAAGAAGGGGAAAACACAGCAUACAAGAAAUUCGAGAAUUAAAACCCUUCCGCUUGCAACCUGUAAAUGCAAUAGGUAAAAAGAAAAAAAGUCUACAACA